AUGACUUCCUCCUCCGCCGCCGCCGACGACGACAGCCGGUCUCGCAACCCUCGCUCUACUUCCGCCCACGGAUCCGAGGGCGAGCCCGAAGAGCGCCAGCUGCCAAACUACGCGACCUCGGGCGCCUUGCUCGGCGACAAACUGUACAAGGGCGUGUCGCUGCAAUACGCCGAGCCGGAUGACAGCCGGAAACCAGACAAGUCGUACCGGUUCUACGUGUUCAAGGCCGGCGAGAUCGUCGACACCGUCAGACUUGACCAGCAGUCUGUCUACCUCCUCGGGCGGGACCGCACGAUCGUCGACUUGCCGCUCGAUCACCCGAGUAUUUCGAAGCAGCAGGCGGUCAUCCAGUUCAGGCUCGUGGUCGAGGAAGUCGGGUUUUUGGGCGAGACCGAGGACCGCGUCGCGCCGUUCGUGUAUGAUCUGGGGUCGGCGAACGGGACGAUGGUUAAUGGCGAAAAGGUGAAGGAGAGGGAGUAUGUCGAGUUGAAGGUUAAGGAUAUGCUAACGUUUGGGUUGUCGUCGAGGGAGUAUUUGCUCAUGUGUGAGGACGAGGUCGAGGAGAAGAAGUAG